GAGGAGGUCCUGGUCCAGGGCCCGAGGGUCCUGGUGACUGGGGCCACAGGUCUUCUGGGUCGAGCCGUCUUUAAAGAGUUUCACAGCAGUGGCUGGAUGGUGAUUGGGACUGGAUACCGGAGAGCCCGGCCCCGCUUCCUACGGUGUGACUUGACUGAUGAGGAAGCCAUCAGGAGGCUGAUGCACGAGCACAAGCUGUUUGUGGAGCCUUCUUCAUCUACAUCAGCACCGACUAUGUGUUUGAUGGGCGGAACCCGCCGUAUGGUGAAGACGACUCUCCAAACCCUCUCAACGUGUACGGACGCAGCAAACUGGAGGGAGAACGAGAGACACUGAGACACUGUCCAGGUGCAGUGAUCCUGCGUGUUCCUGUGCUGUUCGGGGAGGUGGAGUUUGUGACGGAGAGCGCCGUCACGUCUCUGUGGCUGAAGGUUCAGGAGGCCACAGAGGACAGCUGUGCACUGGACCACUGCCAGCAGAGGUUCCCCACUGACGCUCGAGACGUGGCGUCUGUGUGCAGAAAGCUGUCAGAGAGAGCCAGACAGGAUCCGUCCAUCAGAGGAAUCUUCCAUUUCUCAGGAAAGGAGCAGAUGACCAAAUAUGAAAUGGCUGUUGCCAUGGCGCAGGCCUUCAAACAGCCGUCCAAUCACCUCGUCCCACUAACGGAGCAACCCGUAGGCUCGACUCCUCGUCCAAUCAACAGCCAGCUGAACUGUUCUCGGCUGGAGCUGCUGAAUCUAAGUGUGGAGCCGCGAGCGUUCGCUGCCGCCAUCACCGACUGUCUGUGGCCGUUCACCGCCGACAAACGCUGGAGGCAGACAGUCUUCCACUAGGAUAAACAGAUGGAAAGACAGAACAACAGUUUUCCUUCUGAGGUUCUAUGAAUCCUCACAAAAUCAAAAAUGUGAAAAAGUUUCUUGGWAGAGACUUUCUGAUCCAUCCGCAUGCUCCUGUUAGUGUUAGUCAGCAGCUUUCUUCACUGCUGCUGCCAUUUCCCCCUGCUGUCUGUUUCAGUAAUAAACUACUGACUGCAUUAAAAGGUUAGAAGAACGUUUAAACUGUUUCAGAUUAAUCUAUAACUUUAUUUUAAAUUUAGGUCUAUGGUGUUCUGCAGAGGACACGUGUUUGUGUAGGCUGAAAAAAUAUGUGGUUCUGUUCAAGUUCUGUAACAAACAAAACAUAAAAAUCAAUAUUUUCA